UUAUAAUAUUCAAGAAUCAAGACAAUUUUGUAUUUUUUAUCAGAAAUGGAAACAGAAGAACUAUUAACUCAAGGCGCUGAGGCUCGAGUCUAUAUUGGAAAAUUUAACGACGAAAAAUGUAUCAUAAAAGAACGAUUCACCAAAAAAUACCGCCACCCGGACUUGGACACUCAGAUUACGAAGCAACGAAUCAAAGCUGAAAAUAGUGCGAUUACACGUUGUCUUGCAGCCGGUGUUCUAGCACCAAAAGUUCUACAAGUAAACUACAACUCCAAAAAAAUCUACAUGCAGUACUUUGAAAAAGCAAUAACGUGCAAGGAAUUUAUAAAGAAAAUAGUUUCGUCAGAGUCUACUGCUGAAGCUGAGACCAAACUUUCAGAUCUUUGUGCAUCAGUAGGGAUUGUUUUGAGUAAAAUUCAUAGCAAUAACAUAAUUCAUGGCGAUUUAACGACAUCCAACAUAUUAGUUAAUCCGAAAGUAGAAGAUUUCUGUGAUUAUGAAUUGAUUCUUAUAGACUUCGGAUUGAGUCAGUAUAGCACGAGUCCUGAGGAUAAAGGCGUUGAUUUGUACGUAUUGGAGAGAGCUUUGCUCAGCACACACAGUCAGCAACCUAAGCUAUUUGAAAGCAUUUUAUCAUCAUACCAAAAGCAAAUGCAGGAUAGUCAGGCAGUCAUAUCGCGGUUUCAGGAAGUAAGAAGACGUGGUCGGAAAAGAAAUAUGGUCGGUUAGACUGUACAGAUAAAUAAAAUACAUUUUAAAAACCAAA